AUGAAUUCGAAUUCCACUACAUCUAAAAUAGUAGCUACAAAGAAAAAUGGAAAUAAUUUAAAUAGUUCAAUACGAUUUCGCAAUAGUUCUUCGGAUAUAUCAAUUAAUCAUAGGAAGUCAUUUCCUAGUUCUUCAUCAUCUGAUUUAUGCUCAUCAUUAAAUAGUAAUACUCAGUCGAAUGAGCAGCUGAAUGGAAAUAACCAAUACAUUUUAACACAAGCUGGUCUAGAAGAAUAUAGUCGGUCAUAUUAUGAUCAAAAUGUAAUAUUUAAUCAUCAAAAACAGUCAUCAUAUGCUCAAUCUGAAGGAUAUCACAGCUACGUAUCAAGUUCAGACUCUACAUCAACACCAUUUUUAGACAGGUUACGUCAAGAAAGUCAUUUGAUCCAGUCACGAGGCAUCAAUUGGUCUCAAGAUUUCCAAACGCAAAAUCUCAAUGGUAGUACAAACAGCAUUUCAAGUAGUACUGGCAAUAUAAGAGAAUGUUCAGAGAGCAAUUCUUCAACGGAAACAUUAAAAUGGCUUGGAUCGAUGAGUGAUGUAUCUGUGGUUAGUCAAGCAACGAACACAUCUACGCUUUCUGCAGCAUCUUCACAGUUAAUUGUGCACAGCUCAAAAGUUCACACCCCACAGAGACAUAAUUCCGAAAGUGUACUUUACAUGAACGAAGAAAGUAUUUGUUCUGCAAACUCUGCGGAAGAUCCAUUACUUAAUAAUUCACAGCAACGAUCUAGCCGAAGUGAUAAUAGAUUAUUUCCGAUUAGCACAUAUAUAGAGAGCUCAGCGAUACAAAAUAAUUCGUUAACAUCACCUUCGUUACCAUCUCCUGAAAACAAACUAGCCAAUAUUCAACAAUGGCAAUCAGUUGCUGAUCGUAUUAGUGAAUUAGAGAACCAACAACAAGUAAUUCACGAUCAUAAUAGACAAAAUUAUACUUAUUUAGAUCCGAGUAAGACAAAUCGUAUACCAAGUUCGACAUUGAAAGCAUUUCAAAAGAACGCUGUUCAAUCAUAUUUUGAAAGACAACAGCUACAACAACAAUCGCUUAGACUGAGCAAAUCUAAACUCAAUGUUGAAAAUGAUGAUGUAACAAAAUUAAGAAUAAAUGACCAAGAAAAAAUGAACUACAAUCUUAGACUAUCCAAUACUUCAUUAGCUGGAAAUUCACCUCCAUCACCAUCUUUUAGUACUAGUCAACGUUCAUCACUACCAAAUUGGCCAAGUGAUGCUUCAUCUAUGAUUGGUAUAAACUCGAAUAUUAUGAUGAGAAACAAAAAUGAUGUAGCCAAAAAGAACAUGAAAAAUAAUGCAAUAAGUUCAGCAAUGCCUGAAAGCCAAUUGCAUCAAAUUGUAAAUGAUACUAAUCAAACAAUCAAUACUACUUUUACGUCAUUUUGUGAAAUUAAGACUGAAAAUUGCAAUUCAACAAAUGCUACAUCCGUCCAAACUUGUAAAAACAGUGAUAUUAAUCUUAAUACAAAUGCUGGCGAUAAUAUACCACCACCACCGCUUCCAAGAAAGAGUUCCAUUUUAAGAAGAACUUCAUCUGCUUCGGAAUAUUCAUCUACGCGAGAUAGAAUACUGCAUCAAAGUCAGCACUUAUCGAAAGACUUAUUAGCUCCAAUGAUAUUAGGAAAAAUUAUUUCUAUAGAUGAUUGGGUUCCAGAGAGACCACCGAAGCCUAAAAGUAGACCUGGAAAUACUAUGCCGUUACGAGUUCCUUCCCCUGACUUACCACCUCCUCCAAUCGAUACCACAAUACCGCUAAGUGAACAAGAUGAAAAUUUACCAUUACCACCAUUAGAAGUCCUUAAACAGGAUUACGAAAUGAGAAUGAAUCAUCAACCAAGUCGACGAAAUAGUUUUGCAGGACAAGGUAGUUUACCUCCAAAAGUCAUAAAGAAUGUAAACAUUCAUUUAUCGCCUCCUGCAAUUCCUAUGAGGCCAAAAAUCGUUCCAACACCAAUAAUGACUAUCAAUACAAAGCCGACGAUUUAUCAACCAACACAAGAUCACACUGUACUUGCACAGCGAGCGGUUGUACAAAAGCAAUGCUCUAAUGAGCAAAUUACUUUCAAUCACCAUGAGCAAGAUAUGACACCUCCGCGCGUAGCACCAAAUCGUUUGCCUGAUCAACGUAUUUCAAUUAGAAAACGAGCUCACAAUUCUUCGCCAAAGGAUUGCAUUGGAUACUCUGUGACGCCACCUCCGUUGAAGCCGAGAAUGCGGAACCAAAACGAGAGCAAUACUCAAACACAACUUAAUGUCGUUAAUAAUAAUAAAGUCCGAAGCAAUUCAAAGGCAUCAUAUUUACCACGGCAACAACGUGAUAAAUUACUCGAUCCUGACCAUGGAAGUUAUAAGUUGACACUGCAUGAACUUAGUGAUAAUAUUAACGUAGAAUAUCAAGAGGAUUUAACAAAAUGCAAUCUACCAGAUGUGUUACCCGUGAAUGUGAAAUAUCACAAUUCAUAUCGAAAUGCUUAUCAUUACCACAAUCAUAUGAAAUCACCGCAUUUUCAUUCAUCAGAUUCUCAAUUAGUUCCACAAAGUGCUCCAACUUUAGGUGGAAAUCCAAUGAAAUCGAUAUUCCAUUUUCAAAUGAGUAACAAUUUGAAUAGCAUGUCUCCACCAUCAACUGCUCCUGUUCAGUCAAUAUCUUCUUCUCCUUCGUUUAAUAAUGGAUCUCCUAUCCCAGCAAUGAGUCCACAGUCGACUUCUUUGCAAAGUCCAAAAUAUACAUCACAAUCAACAAUUGAUUUAAAAAUGACACAAGUUAUUGACCCUAAAUUGUAUACAAAUGAAGAAUUGAUCAAAGCCUAUCAUCAACAAAAAGAGACAUGCCGAGAAUUGAACAAAACAAUAUUAUGUAAUUCUCUACAGUCAAUACAAUCUUUAAAUGAAUGUGAUAAUAAAAUAGCUGUUGUGAGAAAGUUGAAUAUGGUUGAAUCUCCAGAAGAAUCGAAUGAAAAUCUGAACGAUACAAAAAAUACAUCUACAGAAUCUUUAGAAGAAAAAGCAAUGAAUGAAAAAUCCGAAAAACAAAUUAAAAUUGAGAAAUCUACUAAUUCUGAGAUUGAAGAAGAACCGUUAAUUCUAGAGGAAACUGAUGAGUCAAAGGUGAUGCAAAAAACUGAAAUUACACUUACGGUUCGGCCCAUAAUACAAGAUAAAAUCGAUAUGGCUUGUCAAACGGAAGAAAGUCAGGAUUCAGAUAAAAAUAUAUCAUUAUCAAACGUAGAAGAUGAGAGUUUGAAUAAAGACUCAACAAACUUUACAAAAUUGUUUACACCUAAUCAGCGACCAGAAGAGUUUGAUUGUGAAAAGUUGUCAAAAGAUCUCAUAAGUCAGUUGUCUCCGUCAGACAAACUCCAUAAUAUUUUAGUUCCAAAAACAGUAAAAUCAUCCGCAGAUUAUAUAUCUGAUCUAUUUAAAAUUAAUGUUACUAUACGUCCAACGAAGAAAGAUGUAUCAACAUCAACACUAGAGAAAACAAUGAUCAAAAGUUCAAUGGAAAUGCUGACAUCGAAUUCGACCUACUUUUCCACAUCGGAACCAAAAGCAAAACUAAUGACAAGAUAUAGUCGUGAGAUGACUUUAAUAAAUAGCGAUUCUAGUGAUUUAACAAAGAAGAAAGAAGAGCUAGUCGAGCGACUUGGUAAAAAAUUGAAAAUUCUUGAAGCUGAACAAACUAUAUUAGCCGAAGAAAGUUCUAUUAAUGAAAGUCUUGGUCACGAAGUAGCAUUUAAAGUAGCACAGAAACUUAAACCAGGAGAUUCUACGAAAUUUAGGUCUUAUGUUGAUGAUAUUGGCUAUAUAACCAUGCUAUUGCUUUCAUUAUCAGGACGGUUGGCUCGAAUUGAGAAUGCUUUGCAUACCAUUGGUGAAAAAAGUACUGAUAAAAAAAUUUUGGAAAACAAACGAGACAGACUCUUAGAGCAAUUGGAUGAAGCCAAAAGCCUUAAGGAAGAUAUUGAUCGUCGAGGAACAAAUUUAUCAAAAAUUUUGGAAAAAUCUUUAACACAAGAUGAAUAUGCUGAUUAUGACUAUUUCAUUAAUAUGAAAGCAAAACUCAUUGUUGAUUCAAGAGAAAUUGCUGAUAAGAUUAAACUUGGAGAAGAACAGCUGAAUGCCCUUAAAGAUACUCUUGUUCAUAGUGAAUGCUAA